AUGGCACCAAUUCCUCCAACUACAAGUGUUCCCAGUUAUGCAUACCUUGACGUCAUACGAAGUGACAACUUUAACGUAACUUCAGCCAUUGCCGCAAGUGGCGAAAGUCCUGCCAGUUCAGCGACAAAAUACAGCUCUCCGGCACCUUCAAUUUCUGUUACAAAAAAAUCAAAUACAGUUUCAAUGACGAACAUUCCCACUUCAUCUUCUUCGACGACAUCUACCUCUCUCGCAGUUCAGUGA